AUGAACCGGCUGUAUGACAUGGAGCCCAGAGUGAUGGACGAUGAGAUGCUCAAGUUGGCCGUGGGGGAGCAGGGCCCACGGGAGGAGGCCGGGCAGCUGGCCAAGCAGGAGGGCAUUCUCUUCAAGGACGUCCUGUCCCUGCAGUUGGACUUCCAGAACAUCCUCCGCAUCGACAACCUCUGGCAGUUUGAGAGCCUUCAGAAGCUGCAGCUGGACAACAACAUCAUUGAGAAGAUCGAGGGCCUGGAGAACCUCACGCACCUGGUCUGGCUGGACCUGUCUUUCAACAACAUCGAGGCCAUCGAGGGGCUGGACACGCUGGUCAACCUAGAGGACCUGAGCCUGUUCAACAACCGCAUCAGCAAGAUUGACUCGCUGGACGCACUGGUCAAGCUGCAGGUGUUGUCGCUGGGCAACAACCAUAUCGGGAACUUGAUGAACGUCAUCUACCUGCGGCGGUUCAAGGCCCUGCGCACGCUCAGCCUGUCCGGGAACCCGGUGGCCGAGGAUGAGGACUACAAGAUGUUCAUCUGCGCCUACCUCCCUGACCUCGUGUACCUGGACUUUCGGCGCCUCGACGACCACAUGAAAGAGCUGGCGGAGAUGAAGCACCAGUACAGCAUCGACGAGCUGAAGCACCGGGAGAACCUGGUGCAGGCGCGGCUAGAAGACGAGCAGGCCCGGCGGGAGGAGCUGGAGGAGCACAAGGCAGCCUUCGUGGAGCAGCUAAACGGCACCUUCCUGUUCGACAGCAUGUACACUGAGGACGUAGAGGGCAGCAAGCUCUCCCACCUGCCCGGCGUGGGCGAGCUCCUGGAGGCCUACAAGGAUAAGUUUGUCAUCAUCUGUCUGAACAUCUUUGAGUACGGCUUGAAGCAGCAGGAGAAGCGAAAGGCAGAGCUAGACACCUUCAUGGAGUGUGUGCAGGAGGCCAUCCAGGAAAACCAGGAGCAGGGCAAGCUCAAGAUUGCCAAGUUUGAGGAGAAGCACUUGUUGAGUUUAAACGCGAUCCGAGAGGAGAGUGAACUGAGUAACAUCGAGGCAAAGAUAGUGCAGUAUAGCGAGGACAUCACAGAGCUGUUCAACGUGCUCAUGACGCUGGAGAUGCAGCUGAUGGAGCAGCUGGAGGAGACUAUAAACAUGUUUGAAAGGAACAUUAUCGACCUGGUGGGACUCUUUGUGGAGAACGUCCAGAGCCUGAUGGCGCAGUGCCGGGACCUGGAGAACCACCACCACGAGAAGCUCCUGGAGAUCGCUAUCAACAUCCUGGAGAAGAUAGUCAAGGGCGAGAUGGACGAGGACCUGCCAGACGACGUGCGCUCGCUCUUCGUUGACAAAGACACGAUAGUUAACGCAGUUGGGGCCUCGCAUGACAUCCACCUCCUUAAGAUUGACAAUCGCGAGGAUGAGCUGGUGACCAGGGUCAACUCCUGGUGCACACACCUGCUGGACAAGAUUCACAAGGAUGAGAUCAUGAGGAACCGCAAACGUGUGAAGGAGAUCAACCAGUACGUCGACCACGUGCAGAGCGAGCUGGACAGCCUGGAGUGUGGGGACCUCCUGGACUAG